CGUCGAAAGAUGAUUCCAUUUUCAAAGAUCAAACUCUAGAUGUCUGAGUUUAUUUUUAAUAGGAUUUGCUACUUAGAUUUCUAUCCCAAAAAAAGAAAAGAAAAAACCAAAAUCAAAACCCUAAAUUGGAUCCAGGGUUUAUAAUCUACCCGUCAACUUUUUCGACCGUAUCAAAAUACCCCCACUAAAACAGUCCAACUUAAUUUCCCGACUGUAAACUACGUGCGGUUCAGUACCCAAUGGAGGUUGAGGGCAUUUUGUACGAAACUCUCAGCCCUCUCUCCGCCGCCACUAUCUCCACCACCGACCACCCACCUCCGUCGUCCUCCGACGAACAUGAACCUUACCUCGUAUUCCGCAACGAAAUUUCUCUAUCUACUCUCCAAUGUCCCUCACCGGAAACCGCCGUAGCCGAUUACUUCUCACUUGACCUCGACGGCGACACCGCCGAGCUGAAUAACGGUUCCGUUUCGACGCCGGUGUCAGCUGCUGCUACUCCGUUGCCGGUUAAGGAAACAACGAGAGGACUUGAAGGCAAUUGGUUUCGUGCUAAUUGUCGGUUUAAGAGUCCUAUGCUUCAGCUUCAUAAGGAGAUAAUAGAUUUUUGUGAGUUUUUAUCACCUACACCUGAGGAGCAAGCAUCUCGUAAUGCAGCCAUAGAAUGUGUCUUUGAUGUUAUCAGAUAUAUCUGGCCCAACUGCAAGCCAGAAGUCUUUGGAUCAUUCAAGACAGGGCUAUAUCUUCCCACAAGUGAUGUUGAUCUGGUGAUUUUAGGGUCAGAUAUUAGAAGUCCUCAACUUGGGUUACAAGCUCUUUCUAGGGCUCUCUCACAAAAAGGAGUUGCAAAGAAGAUACAGGUGAUAUCAAAGGCUCGUGUGCCAAUAAUCAAAUUUGUGGAGAAGAAAAGUGGCAUUUCAUUUGAUAUAAGUUUUGAUGUGGAGAAUGGACCCAGAGCUGCUGAAUUUAUUAAGGAUGCUAUGUCUAACUGGCCCCCUCUACGACCAUUAUGUUUGAUUUUGAAAGUGUUCUUGCAACAGAGAGAGUUAAAUGAGGUUUAUACUGGUGGGAUUGGUUCCUAUGCGCUGCUUGUAAUGCUCAUAGCAAUGUUGCAGAAUCAUCGAAAUGGUCAAGCUUCUCCGGAACAGAAUUUGGGAAUUCUUUUGGUUAGUUUCUUUGAUAUUUAUGGACGCAAAUUAAAUACAUCAGAUGUUGGUGUAUCUUGUAAUGGAGAAGGUACCUUCUUCCUGAAGAGUAGCAAAGGGUUCUCAAUUAAAGGGAAGCAAUCUCUUAUUUCUAUUGAGGAUCCACAGACACCAGAAAAUGACAUUGGAAAGAGCUCCUUCAAUUAUUUUCAGGUCAGAUCUGCUUUUGCGAUGGCUUUCACGACAUUGACAAAUGCAAAAGCCAUAUUUGGCCUAGGUCCCAACAGGAGUAUUCUUGGCACAAUAAUUAGACCAGAUGAAAUACUAGUGGAAAGGAAAGGGGGGUCCAAUGGGGAAGUGACUUUUACUAACUUGCUACCAGUCGCCGGGGAGGGACUGCAGCAGUAUACCGACCAGCAGGAAAUCUAUUGUAACUGGCGGUUAAAUGAUGACGAUGAAGAAGCACUCCCUCGAGGAAAUGGGGUCGCAGAGGAUGGUGGAGCGCUGCAGUCCUCAGGAAAGAAGAGGAAAUCGUCAAAGGAAAAAAAAUCUGCUAAGAAGGUGAAAGAAAAUGGGGAGAGUAGUAAUGUUAGAGAUGAAGGGAAUUCCUCGAGGAAAGAGAAAAGUUCGAAGAAGCAUUGGAAACAUAAUAGAUGGUGAUAAGACGACAGCAAUAUUUAUUUGUAAUGGUUAGAGUCCAUCUACUGGGAUGCCUCUACAUGAUAUUUAACCUGCAUCAAAUAGUCAGAUCAUGAGGAACCUUACUGUAAUUUUACUGAUGUAUCGCUGGAGAUGCCCAUUUGUAAAGCGUAACUCCAUUUGGGUUGCCAAGAUACCUGUUUUCUCUGGUGAACUGAAUGGCAGUGUUUAUAUGGCAAAGUUCUUUAGCUAGUUUCUCUGAUGGCUAUAACGUUGACGUGUGCACUAGCGAAUCAGGUUCAAGUGCAUUGGAGAAUUCAUAUUGCACAAAAGUUUUGAUACAAAGUGGUGAAGAUCAUCCUCAGUGUUGUAACAUGCCAGUUUUGACAAGAGAGAACUGCUGUUGUAAUUCUGGGAAAAUAAAGCUGCUUUUGUAAGACUUCUUUUAAAUUUGAAUAUAAGAGACUGCUUGUUAGUUAAUGAAUUCCUAAAAACACAAUUUGAUGAAAUGCAGAUACAUUUUUGGGCGUUUCAUUGGUA